CACUACUAAUUCAAACUACUAGUAGUUUUCCCCUUGAUUAGGACAGUACUAACUAUUGUACAAUUAGCACCGUAUCCGUUCCUGGUUCCUAAUCUAUACUCCAAAACGAACUAAUGCAAGCCUUUGUUUUUUGCAUGUAAAGCCUCUUCCAUUUUGGGGACCCAUGACAAAAGAAUGCCCAAUAACUAGCUACCUAGAUUUAUGCCAUGCUGGCUGAUGUCUCGCCAUUCCUGAUCUCCCCAGUCCAACAACAAAAGCAGAUUCUUCAAAGCACCGCACUUUUGUCGCUCGACCAGUUGGCAUUCUGUGGGGGGAGAAAGUUGAGGACCAGAAAUGUCAUCCCGUGAAAAGUCGGUGAUCAAAAUGGCAAAUGUUGGAUCUUUUAAGACCCAGAACAUGUACUAGCUCGUACUACUUCAACUACUUCCACAUGAAAACCAGCUGGAAAGAAAUCAAGCUUAAGACUUUUCUAGUACCAACUAGCUCGAUAGACAUGCAUAUUCUAACAGACUAACACAGUUUACCAUCUAGAAGAAGCCUCUUUCCAGUUGUUUAUAAUUUAGAUAGUAGAAGAAGACGAUUAAACAUAGGCGCCAUAAGUUGUAUAAUGGCACUUUAACUUCAAUGCAGGGAUCAUAUAUAUACAGUUGCUUUAGCUAUGUGUGUGCGCCAACAGAAACUAAGCAUGUCGUUGAGUGAAGUACACACUAACCAAAUUCAGUCUAACGCAAAAUGAUAGAUUCAUCACAUUUCCAUUUUACAAGAGGAUAAUAAAUUGCCUUAAAAGUAUAGUUAACGAACGGCACGCAUUGAACGAUUGUGACAAUAUGUGUGGCCGUCCCGACAAUUUCAUUUUGUGCAAAAUAAUAGGCAAGGACAAAUGCAUCAUACACGAGGGCGAGUGCUCUAACACAAGUACAUGAUAAAUGAUGAGGAAUGAGUUGAAAUCGGUCUAACUCAUUUUUAUGAAUACAAAACGAAUAAUACCUACACAAAUCGAAGUAACAAAAUACACAAUAUCCUGUGAUCGGAUUGAAAUUAUCAUCGUAAGCUUCGAGAAAAUGGGAAAACAAUGGGCACGGAUAUGUGAUAUGUGGGUUUUGUUGGGUUGAAUUUGUUUUUGACUUGUAUUACAAAAAAGGUCCAGCAAACCAGAAAACGCGGCAAACUCUCUUGCAUUGGGGAAAAUUCCUAAGCUAACCCUCCAACUUUCCACUGGCUACGAAAUCAGGCCGCGGGACGCGGGAAGGGAAUGGCAAAACUUAGCGGGCCCGGAAAGGCUGUCUGGAUUGGAUUCUGGAAGGUCAAAAUAACGGAGUCAGUGGGUGUGAGCCACAGACGCCAGAGCAUGCGCGUGGAUAAGAAGGCGCGCGGUAAAUAUUCUGGGUUUUCAUUAAACAUCGUACCUUCUCUGGACCCAAAACAAGUAAGGCAACCCAACCCUAAACCUGAAUCAGGAAUGGAAAGAAGAUAAGUGAGAAAGAAAAGAAAGCACGACGAGCGAGAAACCGGGCAGGCGGGCGGUUAAAGCUGUCUGACAACCAUCAUAACUUGAGAAGAAACCCAAAAGAAAUCAAAAUACACAGAGGGAGGAAGUGAGAGAGCAAAGCAAAAGCAGGGUAUGAAGAACAAUUGAAAAAUCCCUUCUUUCUUCUUUAUCUUUUAUAUUUGUUCUGUUGGAUUACUUGGGUACGGAAUAUGAAGCCAAAUCAACCCCUGUAUACGGACUGAAACCAGACUCUUAUCUUACCCACCGUCAGACUGUUGUUUUUUGUUUGUUUUUAACUUGUGGGUAAUUUGCAGAGUAGCCGAAACCCAAGAAGGAGAAGGAGGCAGAGUUAAAAACAGAGUGGAGAUUCUACCCAUAUAAAAGAAUCAGAAUAGAGAAGAAAGCAAGCAAAAAGGUAAAUCCACCGGCCCAGCUGAGCUGCGUAGAAAUGAAUUAAGAAUAAAAAAGAAGAGUAGAACAGAAAAUUGUUUAAAGGAUUAUGAAUUAUCUGAUCUGGUCUCGUGGGCUCUGUUUUCUGAUUUGCUGUUGUUGUUUGUUGCCUCGUUUUCUUUUACCCUUUCUUCCUGAUUUAUUAUUGAAUUCAAAGUUCAAACACAUGAGAAAGGGUGGAGAUGGAGAGGUGGUGGUGGGUCCCCUGUAAGGUGAUGAGAGGAGUGGUGGGAAGGAGGGAAGGGGGAAGAAGAAGAGACUUCAACAUCAAGACAGUAGUGAAUUGGAAAGAGAGCAGAGAGAGAGAGAGAGAGAAAGAAAGAUGAAAGUAAAAGACAGCUAGCAAUGAAGGUUGAGGCUCACCUACCACUUUUCUUUGCCUUUCCCCUCUCUCUCUCUCUAGUGUGCACAAUUCCCUUCUCCUUUUUAGCCCUCUCUUCUCUCUCCCCCUCCUUCCCAUAGCUCAAACCCUCUCCAACACCCAAAAACAAAAAUCAAACACCCUCCAAAACCCUUCUUCUUCUUCUUCUUCUUCUUCCACUCUUCUUCAGUCUUCACUAGUCACUACCACUACUCCUCUAAGGUACUGUUCACCCUUCUCCCCUGCUCCUGUUUCUGUUCCUUUUCCCUACUCUGUUCUGCAACUUGGUGUUUUCUUUGGGUCUCAUUUUGAUAUAAUUGGAGGGAAAUUGUUCACCUUGGGUUGCGUGAAUUCCCCUGUUUCCCCAACUCCCACCCCCCAAAGCUCUCAUCUUUGCUGGGGCAGGGGAACUUCCUGUUUCCACUUCCUUUCAAUUUUCCUGUUUGUGGUUUCUCUGCAUGUGGAGCAAUUCAUCCCUUUUCAGGUGCAUUUCCCUCUGCAUUUCGUUUUACCCAACUGUACAAAAAGAGUCCACUGUGCCCUCUGCUCUGUUUCUUAUCCUUAUCCCUCCCCACUGAAUUAAUUUGGCAGUGUCGGCACGCCGACGAGGAAACCCAUGAGUUUCUCUCUUCAUUUUUACCAUUUAAUUAAUAAUACUAUAGUGCCCUAAGGAAGUGUUUCUUUCCCGUGAACCGAAACCAAUUUGGACGCACCCCCUCUCUUUCUCCGCCCUCUUCUUUCCGUUUCAGGAGCAGAGGAAUUUGAAGUUUGAACGAAACCCCCAACCCUCAUUCCAUUCAGUUUCGUCCCUGCAUUUUCUAUUCUUUCUGACGGCAUUGUAAGGGUUAUUGCUUGCUGCAUUCAUCUUCUACUAGGCUCUUAUGCUGCUUUUCUUCUCUCCUUCUACUUCCUUCCCUGCAGGAAUCUUUCAACUAAACAGUCACCCAUUUGCAAUUCCCACCGAGCUUUCAAGGUUUGACAGUACCAGAGUGACUGAAGCAGCAAAUAAAGGUGACUGCUUUACGCAAUUGGGGAUUUUUCUUCGGGAACUGUUUUUUAUUUUAUUUUCCUUAGUCGGCAAAAUUUUCUCCAAUUACCUUAAGCUGGACGCAACGAAAUUCACUACUUUUUCUGUUUUCCAUCACUAUUUAUUACAUUCAGAACUUCCCCAGCUCACGGUUUCUCCCCUGAUUUUCCUUCGUUUUCUUGUCUCCUCCUACCCAGAAAAAGCGACGACCUUUCGUUGAACAAUGGUUGGACCGACACCGUCAUCUCUGAAUUUCAUGGACGAGCUCGACUGCGGCAGCUUCUUCGACCAAAUCGACGACCUCAUCGACUUCCCCGCCGACGAUAUUGACGCCGUCUUCACCUCCUGUCCCGACGACAACGACGGCAGACCCAUCUCCGCCGCAACGACCGACGUCGACGAGUCAUUCCCGCCGCCCAGCGUUUGGGCCGCCCACCCUGGUUCGGCUUCCGACCUCUCCGCUGAGCUGUCCGUUCCGUACGAGGACAUUGUGCAGCUGGAAUGGCUAUCCACCUUUGUGGAGGAUUCCUUCUCGGGAGGAAGCCUGACCAUGAACAAGAACGAGCGUUCGCUUCUCGACAAGGAUUUUUCCAUGUCGUCAGCAUCGACGACAUUGUCCCAACAACAGCAGUUCGAGAUGUCGAGCCCUGUGUCGGUUCUCGAGAGCAGCAGCUCGUGCUCGGGGGAGCAGAAGCAGGCUGCUCCACCUCUUAGCCCGGAGGCGAAUGUGGGUGCGGGUGGGAGGUGUGGGCGUGCUCGUAGCAAGCGUCCGCGUCCAGCUACAUUCACUCCUAGGCCGGCAAUGCAGCAGCUCAUCAUCUCCCCUACCUCAUCGGUCACCGAGACAACAACCCCUAUGUGCCCUGUCAAUCCACUCAAGCUGGCUCAUGAUUCGGACAGCCAUGCUGAGUCGCGGCUGCUCAUCAAGAUCCCCAAGCACCUCAUCAAAUCCGAGCACAAGAACAAGAAGAAGAAGCUGAAGAAGGCUGAGGCUGCUGCUGUUCCUCCUCCUCCUCCGGCCUUGGGUCUGGAAGAGCAGAACAACGAGUCCGGGCCACAGCAGCAGCAGCAGGGGGUGAGGAAAUGCAUGCAUUGCGAGGUGACCAAAACGCCACAAUGGAGGGCGGGACCGAUGGGGCCGAAGACCCUCUGCAAUGCUUGUGGUGUGAGGUUCAAGUCUGGCCGGCUUUUCCCCGAGUACCGGCCAGCUGCCAGCCCAACUUUUAUUCCAGCCUUGCACUCCAACUCCCACAAGAAGGUGGUCGAGAUGAGAACCAAGACUCCCGUCGAAAUGUUUGGCAUGGCUGCAGGAGAUACUUCCAUGGUUCCUGACUCGCCCGAGGUGCUGAUUCCAAAUCACAGCAACCCUGCCAUGGAUUACAUGUGAGAGGCAGAGAGGAUCGAUCCUCGGGUUUUAGUAGUGUCUUCGAUCAGUCAGCAUGCAGUAAGGGGAAUUUCAUUGCUUUGUUCGUUGGUUCUUUGUACAGUGGAUGGAAUGUGGGGAAGAUAGGAAGAGAGCAUAGAUGACCAAAUAUUUGUAGGUAAGUAGGGAGGACAGUAAAAGAGGCAGAGGAGGGCGCAAAAAGAGAGAAGUAAGGGUAGUGAGAGACAGAGAUCAGAUCACAUUAUUGUAGGUUUCUCUUAUAAGUUAGGUCCUUAAUUAAGGUUAUAUCUUAGGUGUUGAGAAGAAAAGGAAGAUCAUCAGGGAACUAUGUUUUGCUUUUCUUUUUGGGUUUUCUUUCAUCAAAAUUCCUUGUUUAGUUGGGUUCCAUUCUUUUUUGUAGUUCAGUUUCGCAGCUGGAUAUUUCUGAGCUCUCAAGUCUCAGUAAUGGGUUUCUGGAGAACUUUUCUCUGUUUUCUGUAAUCAAAUGAUGGCUGGUCUUCUUCCUCCCAUUUCCCUUGUCUUUCCAUAUUCAAUCAUUCAUCCACAGAAGGUGGCCGGUUUUGUUUCUUUGUGGAGUUGCCAGAGCAUGUGGAUCCUACUGAUCGUCGGUGCAGAGUUAAAGAUGGUUGGGAAGUCAUGGAAGCAAAGGCUUAGUAAAGGAGGAGGGUAGGCCAUGUGAGUGAGAUGGAGUUUUAGUGGUGGUGGCUUGGAGUUUUCAAUCUCAGGCUGAGUUGGCGACUGUGACUUGUCCAUUUCUUGUUGGUUUUGAUUGCUGAAUUGGUGGGUUGGGCCAUCACCAUGCAAAGGGUGGACCGGGUGGUUGACAAGAUUAGCCAGCAGCAGUACAGCAAACCUAAUGAUUUUCGAGAGGAAAUGAAACCGGUUGUUAGAAUCCCAUCAAGUCAAAAGCAUAAUCAUAAUCAUAGGGCUAUAACUAACUAUUAGGUCGUGAAAAUCAAACAAGUUUGAAAUAGCGGAGCGAAACUGCGGAGGUAAGGAGUUUGGUUCAGUAGUACUGUGGUCUGUGGAUAUCUCAGCAUUCCAUGUUUUUUAACUAGACGAAACAAAUAUGAUAUAUGUUGCGACUACUUUCAUUGUUUAUCAACAAGAACAUUGCUUAGAACGACGUACUAUGAUUAAAGGCUUUGUUUUCCUUUUUAACUUGUGGAAAACUUGAUCUAUAAGGAACAUAAACAACUAUUAGUUAGGAGUAUAUGGAUGAGCUUGACCUAGAAAUAGAAUGCAAUCCAAUCAAAUGGCCAAAAGCUCGCUUAGACUUGAGGCUGAAACCAUAAUCAUAUUUGCAUUUGGAGUAGAGAGAGAGAGAGAGCUUCCUUUUGCUAUGGUUAGGCUUUGGCAAUGUGUCUCAAUCAAUUAAUUACACGCAAUUUCCCCCAACAACAUCUCUCUCACAAAGGGAGGGGUCACUAUUUGCAAACCAAAUGAGUUGAAGUGUUACACCCUAAUCAUCUCAACGAAGUUUUGCUUUUCUCUUCUUUUCCCCUCAUUUUCUUGGUAUUUGAUUGCUUUCACCGUUUAAAGUUUUGAUUUACAAUAAUUAUGAUCCGAUCAAUAAAUAAAAUUUCGAUAAUGAUUAUGAGGGGUGACAUUCUUUCAAAAUACAAGUGUGCGCUUCAUUCAUUAUUAUAGUUUUGAUUUGUUGAAAAUGACAUAGGAAAUAUACCGAACAAGAAAUAAAAAUCGACGCUAUAAAUGAGAAAAUGCAAUGCAUAUGUAUACGAUAUGGUACGAGAGAAUUAGGUGUCCAUUCUUUCAACUAAGUGCUUAAAAGGCUUCUUGGAACCAAAACUAAUUAAUUUGAUGGGAACCUUUGAGCUCAUGUUCCCUAUAGGACAGAAAAAAAACGAUGAAAAUGAC